AGUUUAUUGUUUGGGAGGUUCCUCUGUGACUCCGCAAGCAAUAUCCAUUUCUCUCUUUCUUGAUUUUCCUUUAUGUGUAUCGUGAUAAUUGAGUAACGCAAUUAUCACUCAACAAGCGCACAGUAGCUCUAACAUUCUUCUAAGUUGGUUUUUUUGAAAAAAUCGAAGUGGCGUAAGUAACUUUCACCUGAGUCGAAUUAGCUAGUUCUAUUUUUGUAGCGGGAGUUUGAUCAAACUCAAACUGUUUAAGCACGGUGUAGUAAACGCUUAUCAAUGUAUUUCCAUUUAUGUGGUUGAGAUUUUAUCAAAUUAUUUCGCUACAUCUACACACAGAGGAUAGUUUUCUCAUCACUGCUGUCUGAUGUAGUUUGACGAAUAUUCGUCAGUAACCACCCAUAUUCAUUUGUAACCCACUCAGAUUUUUUUAGUAAGAAUAGAUAGGUACUAGAGGAGAAGAUGGCGUCAAAGAAAACGAUCAAAGCCGACACCUCCGGGUUGUCCUUGUGGGUCCCGCACCCCAAGGGUGCCUACUGUGUCGCGCGCGACACGGGCAAGACGGAGGGCAGCGGGGCAAAGCAGAUGAAGCUGUACGAGACGACCGAGAGCAAAGAGAUUGUCAAGGUUCUGGCGAGUGAGGUCAUGGACAAGGUGCACCAGGUCGAAGAGGAUCACUUGAUGGGCGUGCCCGAUGUGACCUCGUUGCGUACGGUGAACAACCCUUCCGUGUUGGAGACCUGUCGCGUGCGCUUCCGUAAGGACCAGAUCUACACCAAAGUUGAUGACGUGGUGAUCUCUGUGAACCCCUUCAAGUUGAUUUCUGGCUUAUACGACGCCGCGCAGGUGCAAAAGUACCAAAACAGCGAAAGCGCGCGCGACCUGCCGCCACACGUCUACUGCGUCUCCAAGAACGCCUUGGGCGGACUGGUGGAGGGCAAAAACCAGGCGAUCCUGAUUUCUGGAGAAUCCGGUGCCGGUAAGAGUGAGAACUGUAAGAUUUUGGUCAGUUACUUUGCCUCCACCAGUGGUGGGGAGGACGGCAUCCAGGACCGCAUUGUGCAGUGCACGCCGCUGCUCGAAGCCUACGGAAACGCAAAGACCUCGCGUAACAACAACUCUUCCCGUUUCGGUAAGUGGACCGCACUCAAAUUCUCCAGCAGCGGGAAGAUUGAGGGCGCCGGAGUGGUCGAUUACCUACUGGAAAAGUCUCGUGCGGUCUCGCAAAACGCCCCCGAACGCAGCUUCCACAUCUUCCACAUGAUGCUGGAGGACCCCGAGCGCUACGGCCUGGCCAGCAGAAAGCACACUGACUAUGAGUUCCUCAAGAACGGAACUGCGAAGGCCGACGGCUGGGACGACAAGAAGGAGCUCGGAGAGGUCCUGCAGGCGUGCAAGGACACCACUAUGGCCGAAAGUAAGUCUCUCGACCUUAUCAAGGCCACUGCUGGCGUCCUACUGAUCGGAAACAUUGCCUUGGCCGAUGGCGGCAACGACACCACGAAGUGCGGCAAGCCGGAAACCCUGCAGCAGUGUGCCGACGUCUUUGGCUGCGACGGGGACAUCCUGCUCAGUGCCAUUGUGUCCAAGAAACUCGUCAUUGGUAAGGACGUCACAGUGAAAUCUCUCAAACUUGCGGACGCCAUCACUGCUCGUAAGAGUCUUGCAACGCUGUUCUACCAACGCAUCUUCGAUUGGCUCAUUCUCUUCUUGAACAACGCAAUCGCGGGUGAGGGCGGCUUGUCUAGUACCGCCAAAGAGAUCGGUCUCCUCGAUAUUGCCGGUUUCGAAUCCUUUCCGUUCAACACGUGGGAACAGAUCACAAUCAACUUGUCCAACGAGAACUUGCAGCAGCACUUCAAUGAGUACCACCUUUGCUCGUGAUAUCAAUAUGUAAUGAAAUUUUAUUUUGUUAUAAGUAGUACUUCUACUUAGUUGUCUUUGUCUCACGACCCUUAGUGACAUGAUAAACAACAAGCUCUCAUUUCAUAUUUAUAGAUUGCGAUUACGGUUAUGAAGUAGAGGUUUAUUUUUUUCCCUUCAUACACACACUCACAUUCACAUGCUGAUAGUACGAUGUCGAUAGAUCUUGAGGGCAUGCUUGGGCGAGUGUAUGUUGAAAAUUACGGUACACUUACCUGUUGUACCUGUUCAUUUUGAAAGUCAGACUUUGUGAUCUUUUAAUUAUGCUCAUAACAGUAGAUAGGAUGUCUUCAAAAAGGAUGGGUGUUAAUGUUGGUAAAAUACUAGUAAAUACUCUCUCCUUCACAUUCUCCAUCUUCAGUUUCAUCUUCAAGUCUGAGUUGCGCGACUAUGAGGCCGAGGGUGUCCCAGUCGACGAGUUCAACUUUGAGGAUAACCAAGAGAUUUUGGACACGAUUGGGGCUCCGCAAAACUCGAUUUUCACGUACUUGGAUGGCACUACUAAGAACAUUAAGGCGACAGACGAGGUGUUUAUGAAUGAGCUGAAAAAGAACAUGGCCAAAAACAAGUACCUCACGCUCGACAAGUUCAACAAGCCUGAGUUCACGCUGAAGCACUACGCGGGAAGUGUGAAGUACGACGUCACUGGUUGGGUCUCGGUGAAGAACAAGGACGAGCCGCCACCGGAGGCGCUGGAUAUUCUGAAGACUUGCCAGAACCCGGUGAUGAUCGAAUUGUACGAGAAGAUGGCGGAGGAAGAGAAGGCGAGGCGUCAGACUGUCUCGCAAGCGUUCCGCGCGAGUUUGAAGAAGCUGAUGACCGCGAUCUACGCCGCGCAGCCGCAUUUCGUCCGUUGCAUCAAGCCGAACUCUGCAAAGGUGGCGGGAAGCUUUGACCCACCCAUGGUGUUGGAGCAGCUGAUUUUUUCCGGUGUCAUCGAGUGCGUCCGCAUUCGUCAAGCUGGUUACCCGUUCCGCGCCUCCCCGGAAGAAUUCAUUCGUGCGUACCGCGUCGUGAUUCCGUUAUCCCUGCAGAAGAAGGCGAUGGAGGGCGGCCAGAAGCUGGACUCGCCGUCCGCGGUUGCGGUUGUGCUCCAGGGAUUGCCCACUGCUUUCAAGAUGCCGGAUUUGGUGGGCCAGUACCACAUGGGCAGGACCAAGGUGAUGGUGCGCCAGAAGGGACACAUGCUUCUCGACGAGAUGUCGCGCAUUGCUCGCAGCGCCAAGGCGGUGAUGAUUCAGAAGGUUUACCGUGGUUACGUCGUCCGCAAGAAAGUGAAGAAGGCCAAGGAGACGCGCGGCGCGAUUGCGGCCUGGCUUAAGAAGUACCCGCUGUACACGAAGGGAGGCGCGGAUGGCAUGGCCCUGCUUGGCGGUCUGGAGGGCAUCUCUCAGGCCAUCUCUCAGACGGUCAUCUGGAUGCAAGUGGUGAACAGCGUUCCGGGACUUCGCGUCGCCCCCAAAGACUUCGCGCCGACUAUUGCUGGUCUGCAAAAGGAACUCGACAUUAUGCAGCAAGCCGACGAAUUCCUCAUCUCCACUGACGUUGCGGCUCUCAAGGGCGCCCACUCUAGCCUUACUGCGCUUAAUAUCACUUCCGAUUUCUGCAAGACCAUUGGCGAACGCGCAGAGCGUCUGCAAUUAGAGGUACAACUACUUAUUUUUGUCCAUCCUCCAUUCACUGAUCUACGUGGAUCGUGCCGGUUGAACGGUGUUUCAUUAUGACGAUGGUUGAUGGGGUAUCCCUUUUGUUUGCAUGAUAUAUUUCACUUGUUCUUGGACAAAAUAAUUUUCUGUACAUCUUUUUGGUUGUAUUGGAGGAGGCUGACAAGUAGAAGUACGAAACUCUAUUUUUGACGUUUAAUCAUGUUAUUCAUUGUCGCUUUAUGUUGAUCGUGUCUUUCUUUCAGACUCCGCUGGUCAAGGGUAUGCAGAGCUUGCCGCCGCUGACUUUCGACGACGGUUCUGCACACGAGCAGUACAAGAAGCUGGUGAAGAGCUGCGAGGGUGCGGGUUUGACAGCUGCCGAAAAGUGGUUGGAUGCCACGGGUUUUGCCCUCUACACCGCUGUGGCCGCAUCUUUGAAAAAGUACGAGGCCGGACCGCCGACAGGCGAUACUGCCGCUUUGGAUGCCGAAAAGGCGGCACUUGCGGUGAAGAACGUGCAAGAAGUACUCGAGAGCAGCGCGGGCGUCGGUACGCAAAUGCAGGAGUGCGUGUUCCAAUUGAGCGAGGAUGCGGACAAGCAACAGAUGGAGUACUGCGGUGGGUGCAUCGAACGCGGCCGCGAAAACUUGGAGAGCGCAAAGGGCAUGCUGGACAACAAGGAGAGCCUCGACCCGCAGAUCGUUGCGUUCCUCUGCCACGCCAUCGGCGCGCGCGAGGAGAUGGAGACGCGUCUGAAUGCCGUUAUCAAAAGCGCGUCCGACAACGCCGACCUGCGCGGAAAACUGGAAACGAUGCGUAACGGAGUGCGUUCGGAAAAGGACAAGCUGGACGCUGCUUUGUCGGCCAUCUGCACGCAGUCCAACAUUGACGCGAUCAAGGUUGCCACGAUCAAGGGCGAGGCCGAGAAAGAGAAGGCGCAGCGACUGAUGGAAACCGAACGUCAGAGUGUCAAGAUGUCGCCGGAGGCCGCAGCGAUGAGCCUUCGCGCUUCGAAGCUGCUCGGAGAUAUGAGCACGCCGCAGGGCUUGCAACUCACUAUCCGCGAUGCUGCCGACGCGUUGGCCCAGAUGGAGCGCGCGCGCGAGGUUUUCGACAAGGAGAAGCUGGAGGCACUGUUGGCCUACGGCUACGAAAACGGGCUGGCCGCCGAGGACCUGGAGGCCUCCGAGAAGCUGGUCACCAAUCUGAAGACUCGCUCCUAUGUGCUCGAACAGAUCGAAGGUUGCGUCGAGAAGUUGAUGAGCGGCCGCGCCGGCAAGGGCGACGUGCUCCCAAUGAAGCUUUUGCUAUUGGCGUGCACAAAUCUGGUCGCAGCUGCGGAAGGUUGCGGCGUCGCCGCAGCACAGACCUUAGACGUGAUGGGCACAAUCAAGACGAACGCGGCCGCCUUUGGCUCGCUCUUUGUGGGCAACCAGUCGGCGACAAGCAACGAGCUGGGCAGCAAAUUGUACUCGCGCUGGGAUCAGGCGCCGAUCAUGAACACCGUGAUGGUGAAGCGCCGCUACAAGCAGGACGGAACGAUCGUGGAUCCGCUGGACCCUCUGGGUGCCUGCAGCUGGUCGCGGACCCCGGCGGCACUGCGCGACCCGUUGACGCAAUUGCCGAACUGGCAGAUGAACGAAACCGCGCACGCCGUCUUCGAAAACAUCAUCGGAUGGAUGUGCGACAAGCCGGUGCCCUCCAAACACCGCGCCCCGCUGGCUGCCGCCGUCGUGCAGACCGCCAAGAAGGACCCGGUGAUUACCAACGAGGUGUACGCGCAACUGAUGAAGCAGCUGACCAACAAUCCUUCCUGGCAAUCCAAGUCGCUCGGUUGGCGUCUCUUCACCCACGUGCUUCAGGCCGUGCCGCCACAGCCCAACUUCAUCGAGUACGUCCGCGCCUUCUUGAUCAACAUGCGCGACGAGGAAAAGGACGACGCCAUCACAGAGCUGAUCAAUGUCGCUAAGGGUGAGAUGCGAGUUCACGACAAUGCCAUGCCAGAAGGACAGGUUAUGCAAUCGAUGCGCGGGUUCGCCUCCACCAACUUCAAGAUCCACUCUCUGGAAACGUACGAUGUGCGCGCGCAGUCCGCUCGUAUCGACGCGCGUGGCCACCCGCGCCGCGCCAAGCUGGUCGCCUUGUCUGGACCGAUGAUGACUGCCAAGGUACAAAUCUUAUUCUUUAUCAAAACAGAAUUUACAUUUUAAAAUGUCAAUACUGUUUAUCAAGAGUCGUAGAAAUACUAGUUGCUUGUUCCAAUUUUUUUUUUGCUGGGCUUGCUAUCUGAUUAGUAUGUUUUGCUGCACACGUCAUCAAGUUAUUUAUAGCUUGCUAAUGAAAGAUAGUAAAUGUUGUAAGAGUCGCGUCGUUUAUAACUAAGCAGACAAUAUCAUGAGAGGUUUCGAAGCGGAGGUUUCCCCUCAACAAGAGUUUGUAGCUUGAAUACCCGAGCUUCAACCGCUUUCUCUUUUGGGUUCCAUUUUUUCAAUUGACACAUUUCAGGAACUGUGCAUGAAGGCCUGUCACGCGUUUUCUUUGAUGUCGCAGCAGAGCGAGUUUUCUCUGUUCAAUACCACCAGUGGCGAGCCGCUGAACGACGACGCGAACGUCGCAGGCAUGUUGAACGCCAAUCCGGAUCUUGACUUGAUCUUCCGCCGCCGCUUCUUGCGCCCUCGCGAGCGCGUGUCCUGCUCUGACAUCGUGUACACGUGCCUGUCAGCCGAACAAGCUCUCCAAAGCUACUUGAACGAGUACUGCGUGCCAGAAGAGAAGCAUAAGCUUGCCUGGAUCGGAGCCCAGAUCGCUGUCUACCUGUCGCGUGCCAAGGGCACAGCCGCCUUUGUGAACGCGAACACGCUGCCAUUCUUGGUUCCGGAUCUGUGCCGCAAUCUGGCUGAGAGUGACCAGAAGUGGGUCGACAUGAUCAUGCAGGAACUGGUGAAGAACAAGGUCCUGGAGAACGCCGGCAAGAGUCAUCUUGAGCGCGCGACGAUCAUGUUUAAGUCCUUGCAGCGCCUGAAGGCCUUCGGCGCACGCUUCUACUACCUGACGCAGCGUACACACGCCCAGCUUGGAGAAAAGAAGUCUAUGGAUAUCCUCGGGCAGGUCCGGACCCACGCCGUCAACAAGCGCAAGAAACUCUUGGAGAUGGGCUCCCGCACUCUGCUUUUGGCCGUGACCAUUUCCUCCAUUACGUUUUUCGAGCUGGAUCCCGCGCACAAGCUCUACGGCAAAGAAAUGGCAAAAAUCGGCUUCAGUACCGCGCGCGGACACCACCUCACGGAGUGGCAUGAUUUUGGUGACUGCCUCUACCUGUCCAUCAGGCUUCCCAGCGCUGCUGAGGUACUACUGCAUGUCUUUGCGUUUGCAUUAUCAUUUUUUUUUGUGAGUCGCCCGGCCCAAUAAUUUUUUAAUGUUAUGAAGACCGUAUCACAUCAACUGCAUUUGUGUCAAGUGCCAGAUACUAGACUUGGGCUCCCGGUAGCACUCCUCCCACUAGGAUCAUCCACCCCCGGCACGCACUUCCUCAACCCUGGCGCGAUUUCGCUUCCCCGGCUCCUCCCCCGCCCGCCAGCCGUCUGGCCUGGCGGCGUUGAUCGUUGGAACAAGAGCUGGGCGGGGGACGGCGUGCGGCCAUUGAUUAAAAAGGCGCAGACCGAAGCCCGUGGCUUGUCGGUGUGCUCUUCUUUUGGUAGGUUUGGCCUUCUUUGCGUGCAAGUUGCAGCGCUCGAGUUUGCAACUUGUCCAGGUUCUUCUUCUUGUGAUACAGUCGAAAAACUUCGGCGGGGAAUCUUUCAAAUUUCGGCUUGAUUGGAUAAAGUCAAAAAUUUUGGGGUUCCAGUCUCAAGCUUGAAACUUUGAGACAUUAGAGCGCGGCCUUUAAUCUUAAGCGUUCAGCUUCGGGCCUUUGCCCUGGGGCUUUCGGCUUCGCGCUUUCAGUUUUGGGCUUUCAGCUUUGAACUUUCAGCCUUGGGCCUUCAGCUUUCAUUUUUGGGCUGUCGGCUUUGGGUUUUCAAUUUCGAACUUUGCACUUUCAGUUUUGAACUUUGGAUUUUGAGUUCUCAACUUUGAGCUUUCAACCUUGAGCCUUCAGCUUUGAGCUUUCGACUGUGGGUCUUCAGCUUUGAGCUUUCAGGCGUGGGCUUUCGGCUUGACACUUUAAGGCUCACAGCUAGCCAAUUCCUGGGCCUUUUUUCAAUUUUUUGAGUGCAAGUCGUAAAAGUUUUGACAAUAUCGAACCCCGUAAUGAAUGGUUCAAACACUUACUCUGUGGGGGGGCUUCAGAAACGGGCACCCGGAGGGCGCUGCGAUUUUUGACCCCCGGCCUCACGGUGGGAGCACGGUGGGCGAAAUGUUUGGCAGCAGAGGCACUCUGGGGUCGCCCAGCGUGCCAAUUCUGGAGAAGGAGCAAACUUUUCUAAUAUAGAUCAGGGACUACAUUGCUUGGAGCGCUUUCAAAACAUACAUACACUUACAUACAAAGAAAGACAAGAACGGUUCCUCUACUUUUUACGGAGUGCGACUGACAGCAACUAGAACAAUAUACAUGAAGGUUCUUCGUAUUUCGUGAAAGGAGCAACACUCUCCUGCAACUCUCGUUCCUAGGUUUUUGCGUUGUUCGACGUUUCUCCUGAGACUGCAGCUUGCACAUGUGAUAAGCUGGUUGACCGUAUGGAUCGUGCCUAUUCGGAGGACUACCAGGACGAGGGAGCUCGUGCACCGCGGCCAGAACUGAAGUCGCGAUUCGUGACUCGUACGCUUGCUCAGGAAUAUCUGAGCAACGACGAGCCCGACACGCAACAGAGCGGGCGAGCUCCGAGCAAGCGCGCGACGGAAGCUCCACUCGGAACAAUUGUUAAGGAGGACGGCAGCCACAACCGGGUCACCUUCGCACCGGAGCCAAAGUUCGCAUCCGUCAAACGUCGGAGCAGUGCAUCGGUCAAGGCCAGCAUCGACGCGCAUGAUGCUGCUGCGAACCUCGUAAAGGAUAUCGCCGAGGAUGAGGACCACGGCGAAAGCUUCGCGGGCAUUACAGCGUCUUCUGCCUCCACCAAGGGCAGCUUUGCGCCGCCGCCACGUACCUCUGAGCAGGCCCCGACCGCCGAGGAGCCAGCAGCUGCGGCCGCGGAAGAGGCGCCAGCCGCAUCGGCAGCGGAAGAGGAGCCAGCUGCUCCUGUUGAGGAAGAGGUGGCAGCUGCUCCGGCUGCGGAAGAGGCGCCAGCUGCUCCGGCUGCGGAGGAAGAGCCCCUGCCGCCAGUCAAUGUGGUUAACGAGGAGCCGCCAUCCACUUCCAAGGCACUUGGUUCGGGACGCGGUAACAAAAACGCAGAGGAGACUGGCAAGCAAAUGUACAACCGAGGCGAUGCUAGCGGACAGACCACGGACAUUCGAUCGGGCAAGUUCAAAGCGGAUGAUGCAUAGGUGGUAUCAUCAGGUAGAGGUAGAGGUAGUUGGCAAAUCACUAGACAUAACAGCACUACCUAGGAUCGUAUCACUUCAAUGAUAUUUAUCCUGUGCGACAAACACGAGGACACUUCUACCUCGACGUCUAAGUACCUAGGUAUGAACCAAGGGAUAGUGAUGAGAUCGCUCCUGGAAGUAGCUUUGGAUGGCAAAUGCGCUGACAAGACAUAAUCAUCACGCUCACGAAGAUGGUAAUUCGACAGUUCUGCGCUGUGCCAGAUUGUACAUUGUCGUGCAUCUUUUCAGGGAUCCAAAAUUGUAUUCAUACUACGGGAAAUAAGUAGAAAAUGUAAGACAGGCCGUAAGUACGAAUUAAUGACUUGCUGUGAGUAAAUAUUUUCUACGGAACAAACAUAAGAAAAUGAAAAAUAUCAUAGAUAAGUUCGAAAUAGUCGCCUGCAACGCGGUAGGAAAACAACCCGAUUUUUUGAUCAACUUGUCGAUAGUUUUUUUUCGCAAACUAACGGGUUAGGAUCCACAAUGAAAAUAUAAAAAUGUUCUUUAACCUCCUAUCAACGCCAAAAAUGUGGAAUUGAAAAAUUGAAAUAUGAGCAAUACCCUGGGAAAAAAGGCGAAAAAGUCAGCUUUUUAUGGCGUUGUCUGUGCAGACUGAUACUUCAAGAAAGAUGUAAGUAGCUCUAUCCAAAAUUUUAUUUCUGUGAUACAGCCACAAAUAGAAAAAAUAGAAGGCACUGUACGUGUACAUAGUGAAGAUCUAAAUGACCUCAGCAUCAAGACAUGAGACUCGCAGAACGAAUGAUGUGGCAAGAUUAGAGGAUCGAAUUGAGAUGGUCGGUUAGAAAAUAUCGUAAUUAUGGAAGAAAAGUCGUUGGUCUUGGUUCCAAAGGAGUUAAUAUCUUAUGGUCUACGAAACGGACAGAAAGAACUAUC